ACACUAGGAAUUCUGGGUAAUAUUAAUCUGUUCACUCUAAUGGCGGUGUAACCGUCUUUGCAAGUUUAAGUUGUGGCUUUCUUAACGACUGUUAUUUGGAAAUAGCUUGAAGUAUAUGGUUUCUGUUUGAUCAAGGGACAACCUCUGAAACUGCUACUAUAUAUAUGUGUGUAUAUUGACUGUAGUUUCUGAGAGUAGUUUUCUGCCAGACAAGAUAAUUCCAGCAAGUGUUCUGUUUAUAUUUUGUAAGUGACAUUCUGUGGAAUCUACCAACAUCAAUCACUGAUCUAUCUGCUCCACCAUUUCAAUAUAAUAAUAUUUUUAUUUUCAACCUGUUUGUCGAUCAUGCUAUUGUUGAACACACAACUUCACUCACUCAUGUCAUCUUUAUCACGGCAUCCUUCUUGCUCUGUUUACGAUAAACAAAAACUCACGAAAAUUGCAACACUUCGGCGAGCAUUUUCUGAAAAUCAAUCUAGUUGUGUAAACACCAUAAGUAUAUGUUAUUGAAGUUUAAAUAAGGAACAUUACAGACUAUAUAUUUUCUUUUGGAAAUCUCAGUUAUAACAGCAAAACUGCCAUAUUCUGCCACUUCUCAUCAACAGUAUCAUAGCAUUUUUCACUUGUUUGGCGCCACUAAACAACAAUCUCUCUCUCUAUAUACAUCGCAGAUAUUUUCAUCGACGUCUUUAUCGCUGGAUUAAUUUCUGUUUAAAUCUGCUCUCGUUACAUAACGUAUAAAUAAAACCGGAUUUUACUAAACAGUAAUUCAACAUGAAGCUUUUGGAUAAUUCCAAAUUUGAGGCGAUCACUUCCAAACUGUCGAUGACCCAGGAGAAUUGUCAAAUAGAUGGAAGGUUGGAAAGUUACUCGUGUAAGAUGGCUGGAAGUGAUAAAAGAUUAUUUAAAGCAAUUAGCACUGAUGGUGGUUUCUCUCCAAAUGACUUACAAGCAUUAUCCCCGCCACAGGGUCUAAUUUCACAGAGCCCAAACCAAAUAACCUCGCAUAGUUACAGCGAUGGAGAAGGGCCUCUUUGUGAUACAAUAUCCACAAAGACAUUGUUUUAUUUGAUCUCCACAUUGAAUGCUUCUUUCCAACCAGACUAUGAUUUCAGCAAAGCCAAAAGUGAAGAAUUCAGUAAAGAAUUCUCUGUACAGAGUGUGGUGAAUAUGAUAAACAACCAACUGUCUGCCGUUAUCGGGGACUCCUUCAGUGUGUUUAAGCAGCAACUUUGGGCAACCAUCGAUGAAGAGAUUUCUUUAACUGAUUGUGACAUCUUCAGUUACAAUCCAGAUUUAGUCUCGGAUCCGUUUGGAGAAGAAGGCUGUAUUUGGUCCUUCAAUUAUUUCUUCUACAACAAAAAAUUGAAACGAAUCAUCUUUUUUACGUGCAGAGCCACAAGUUGGCCAGUAGCCUAUACAGACCUUGAAUCUUGUCAAAAUAUAGGCUUCAUUGAAGACAUAACAAUGAUUGAGGACGGAGAGAUGUAUUAAGUGGCUUCAAGCAUUAACAAGUGUCAUCAACUAAAAUGAAAAAAUAGAAAAAACUAUAUUGCAGUUUGUCAGUCAAUCACUGCAGAAUUGUUUAUAUGAGUUAAUAAUAAUCAUAGUUUACGACUAUUGGGAUUUAUUAACUAACCUAUUUAAAUUCAUCCAUUAAUUCAAAAGUUUAUAAAACUUUUGUAUUCUCCAUUUUAAUUUUUUUUUAUUACAAGUUAGUAUCAACUAAAAUAGAGAUUAUGAAUUGUUUUGAAACCAUCUUAGUCUCACCAAUGUUUUUGUUUGAAAUGAAUGCUACUGCCCAUAGACAGCAGUGAAUUUCCUGCCAUGUGUGUGUGUAUGUAUGUGAGAAGAUCUGUUGAAAGUCUGAGGUAGGGUGACUAUUUGCUACAGAUAUCACACCCUUAUUUAUCAAUACUGUCGUAAAUCAAUAACUCUUCCUUUACCACAUUCGGAUCUUAAAUUAUAAAGCCUAACAGAGGUAUGUCAUGUUGUAAACAUGUCAUACAAUAUUACAUUAUACAGUAGGAUAUUACUAUACACCAUCAUACAACAUGAUGUUACACUGCAAGAUGGCAUACAAUAUAGUAUUACAGGUGUACAUUGCCAUACAAUAUGGUGUCUUGCUAUGAUAUCACUUUCUAUUUGUGAAAUAGUUUUCUUCUUUUAUUCUCUCUUCACUUCAGUUAAAGAAAGAAGAUGAAUCUUGAUGCAUUAGUUAUGUCUGUCUGUCACUCAUAUUCUAAUGUGACAUAUCUUACCUAUGGCCUCUCCAACACAUUGGAUAAAUAGACAUUAUGACAUUCUGUGAUAUAACCAAGAAAAAAAAAAAAUUAUCUUUUAAUUUUUCUAAAUAGAACUCAAGAGAAAAGAGUAGGAAAUUGUUGCAAAACAAGAGUUGGCUCUAAGAAAUAUAUAGCUCGAUUGAUUAAUAAACAGACGAAAGAUGGACAAACAAUUAUAGGUGACAGAAAGUCUUUUAUGUGAUAUGUUACAUAUACAUGUUACAUUAUAGCAUUGCCCAGUUGUAUGUUUGAAACGGCUGAAAAGAAUCAUCUUGUAAUUUGAAAAUGUUUAUGUGACAUCUCAUAUAAAUGAACUACUCCCACCUGUUAUUGUUUGUUCAUCCUUUGUGUGUGUGUUCUCAAAAAAGAUCCUAGCUUAUUUGCAAAUUUAAACUAUUUUCUUUCUUUUUUUAAAUCACCUGAGUGAAGUAUGAGAGGAUUGGUCUCCACUCUGAUAUAAUUUUAUAAGGAACAAGUGUAAAAGACAAAUUAACUGCUAAGUAACAUCUAUGGUCUUGUGUUCUCCAGUACGAUAACUGCUGGACAUGAUUUACACAUGCUCUAAUCUAGCUUAUAAUUUCUUUAGCUAAUACUCAACACUAUCUUAUAUUUUACCAUCAUAUAUUUAGACUAUAAUAGUUCUCAUGGUCUCUAAUUACUGAAUUAAGCUAGCUUGAUUAAUGUAAUUUAGGGUUUAAAUAUAUUGAUAUUAAUGAGUUGACUUAUUGUAUUCUGUAGAAAUAUCCUGUCUCAUUGAGUGGAAGUUUCAUUCUUAAUUAAAUCUUUCCUUGUAAAUCAUAAAUUAUUUUUUCCACGUCCACACUCUAUUCCUUACUCUUCCAGAGAAUGACAAAAGAGAUAUCAGAAUCCUGCUAUUUGAAGAAGAAAACAAAUUAAUAAAUAACUUAUUGACGUUUUGUAAAUUUAAAUUUUAAAUCUAUCUUUUUGCACUUUAUAUAUAUAUAUAUAUUUUCAUUAACUCUAAAGGUGCAAAAUAACAAAUACAUAAAAAAAAGAAAAGAAAAAGUACCUUUAGCAAUUAAUAAUCGCACAGUUCACCAUCAAUUUUUUUUCUCUAUCAUUUCAUUAUUGAUAUGAAUUUUUUUAUAACAUUGUAUUAUAUUUUUUAACUGCACUCUUCUGAAAAAUGUUAAAGAAAGACAAAAGUCAUCAUUUUUUUAUAUGUUUCUACUUGAAAUGACAAUUUUUGUUCAGGUGAUAAUUCUGGAAUCUCAAUCUGAAAUUCUCAACAACAAUAUAUCUUCCAUUCAACAUUGCCAAACCUUAAACACCGAUGAUGUAAUAUAAUUGUCUUGAUUUGUUCUUAUUAUUUCACGUUUCUUCAAACCAUAGACAUUGACUUUGCUCAAAGUUGUCUUUUUGUUUUUUUUUAUCUUUGCCAUCAUGUAACCAUUUUAUUUUGUUUGGCUCUCUCUCUCUCUCUCUCUCUCACACACACACACACAUACACAAAAUAAAUGAUAAACAGUGGAUUACUGCAAGUAAACAUGAAGAAACUCCAAAAGUCCUGUUGAGAUUUCUGUUAUCUUUUUAGAAUUGUUUCUGAACUCAAAAGGUUGUAUUUUUCAUAUUUAAAUUAUGCUUACAUGGACACACAUCGCACAUGUAUGCAUCAACAUGUGGACACUUGUUUCACAGGGACAAGUGUAUGCAUGUUACACAUGGACAGUUGUCUACAUAGACAAAUGCACAGGUGCCAUACAGAGACUUAUGAACACCUGGACAAAUAGACAUCUGUCCCCUCCUGGACAAAUCAUCAAUGUAAAUAAUAUUGUUUUCAGACUUUUCCACUGAACAUUGAGCGACCGACUUAGUUUGUAGCUCUCUAACCAUCACCAUUCACUCAUAUAUUGGAAUGUUUUAGUUCAGUCAGACUUGAAAACACAAAUAAAAUAUUAAACUGAAA